AUGCCUCAUAAAUCCAGCGUCCUAUUCGUCUGCAUCCACAACGCAGGCCGCUCUCAAAUGGCCGCAGGCUACCUCACCCAUCUCGCCGGAGACACGAUCGAAGUGCGUUCUGCUGGCUCUGCCCCAGCCAACUCUGUCAACCCUGCGGUAAUCGACGCUAUGCGCGAGGAAGGCAUCGAUUUGGCCACCCAGAAACCGAAGAUCCUCACCGAAGAUGCAGUUCGUCUCAGCGACGUUGUUAUCACGAUGGGCUGCGGAGAUGUCUGUCCUGUUUUCCCUGGGAAGAGGUACCUUGACUGGGAACUUGAGGAUCCGGCUGGGCAGGAAUUGGACUCGAUACGUCCGAUCCGGGAUGGAAUCCGCCGGCGUGUAGAGGGGCUUAUUGCUGAGUUGGAGGGGACUACUUGA